AUGACCGACUUAAAAGCGAGUGAAGUGUGUAACGUCGGUCGGCAGAAGUGCUACGGACUGGCGGUUACUUCGCUGGAACAGCUUAAAAUAAAAGUACCUGCCCUUAUUUUUAUAUAUGGAUCAGUCACAGUAGUGCUAGUAGAUGAUGGGACCAUCGUAGAAGACGAGGAUUAUUUUCUGUGUCUGCCCGCAAAUAUGAAGUUCAUGCUCUUGCAUGACAAGGAAACAUGGUCGCCUGCCCAUCAAAUUGACAGAAGAACGGCAGGUCCUAGCAGAGAUUCUGCAGUGGACAAUGUUGAUGGGGCAGAAUCCUGGCACAGUUUGGCAGAGCAGCUCAGGCAGGACCUGGCCAGGAUUAUCCUCAUGUCUGAGGCAGAUCUGCAGAGUUUGAUUGAUGUGCCAUGCUCAGAUCUGGCCUCAGCACUGGGCUUCUCACAGAAGAAAACACAGGUCCUACAGGACACGUUGCAGAGAAUGCUAGACCGCAGGGAAGAGGAGCGACAGUCUAAAGAAUUACUGCUGCUCUAUCUGAAAGCUAUGGAGCAAGAAGUGAGCCAAGAGCCACUAGAAGAAAGUAGGAGUAUGUUAAAGGGAUGGUUCAGAAAGAAAAAUUCUCUCAUCAUUGACUCACCCUUAUGCCAUCCCAGAUGUGUAUUUAUCACUGUCAUUGCUGCUGGUUCUAAACUUAAUGAGACAGAUGGGGUGCAGGUGGAGUCUGUGGCAGGGUUUAGUUCCAGAACACUAAAGGUGCUGAAGGACAAAACACAACCAGAAACGAGAUUCUCCAAUGAGGAACUACAGAUGGUUUUGAGGCAGGGAGUGGAGGUCAUGGUGGAGGUAUUGGGCUGGGACAGUGAGUGGACAGCAGCACUUGUGCAGGCUUGUGAGGGUGAGCUCUGUAAACGUCCGCAGCAGUUCCAGGCCCUGCAGUCCCUCAGUGCUCAACGCAAGUCCACUUUACAACCACAGAAUGAGGGAGAGACCAGAGUCAAACUCCACAAAUAACAAACAUACUGAAAAUAUCUAAGACUGACAGGUUAAUAUUCUUGGACUACUUAAUCACAUUUCAUGUAAUAAUAAACAUGAUCUUUUAUACAGAUUUUGGUUUGUGAUUAUUUUGAUAAUGGCUAGAGAGCCUUGUAGAUAAGUGAUAAAUGGCAGAGUCUUUGGUGUGUGUGUUUGUGUGUGUUGUAUGUUAAACGGGUUAACAAUUAUUUCAUGUUUUCAAUCAUCCACACGAGUGGUAAUAUUUUUUGAAACAAGAACAUAUAGACGGUAUUGAUCUGUAUGAAAUUGAUCUUUCUCAUGUAUCAUCUGUAUAGUGCACCCUUUAGAGGGGUUGUUAGUGAUAACCAUAUGCUAUGUAAAAAAUAAAAAGUAAAUUUUUUAAAUAAUAAAAAUUAAAUCAGAACUUGUAAUUUACAAGUUAAUGAAAUAACAAAAAUAAUGAAAGCAGGUAUUUUGGACAAUUUAAUGUUUUCUGUUUUGUUUUCUUGAAGGGAAGUAUUAUAUUCAUUGAUUGAUUCCAGUUCAAAUUUAAUGACCCCUUAGCCUAAUAUAUUCUGGAUGACAUUUAUAUACCUAUUAGAAGUAGCUUUUAAUGCAGCAUUUAUUAUAUUGCUCGGGGAAGGAAUGUAAUACA